AGUAGACAGGCCUCCAUUUCAUGUCGGAAGCGAUAGUUGCGGUUUCCUAAAUUGUUUUCUCGAUGGUCGCUCACCCGUUUCAAGUAGUAACGUUUAGUCGUUUUAGAGCGGACAUGUUUCUCUUAUCUUCACGGGACGUCCCGUACUGGUCGGGGUAUACAGGGUAGUCAUGUCUUGGUAUUCAACAAGUGGUUGUGUUCCGACAUUCGGCAGAGACAAGCCGUGUUUACAUUUCUUCACGCCAUGUCUUUAAACUACGUCGCUUAGCUUGUGAUAGUAUUCGAUCGCUUCAAGUCAUGGUGGGAGUUUGCUACCCGUAACAUGUGCAUGGCGGUUUUAAGACGAGGCGCGGACGGCAGUGAUUGACUGAAAUGUACAUGAGUGUAUAGAUACACGAAGAUGGCUCCUAUCACUCGAGUUGCGGUCACGGAUAAGCUAUCAACAAGCUAGGAUUACUGGUCCUGCUGUAUAUCCCAGGCUGCUCCUUAUCGAGUGACCUUCGACAGGUUAAGAGAUAUGGCAAAGAAACCUCCCACCGCUUCAACAAGAAGGUCAAAGAUUUCGGACACUGACCGUUUGCCGGACAGGCCCGUGAAAGGAAAGAUCAAACCAGAGGAAGCACUUAAGAAGGCAUUUGACCCGUUGAAGAACCUUCAUCUGUGGACGAUGUGGAGAAGCGCAGUGAAUGGGAAGAUUGUAGAUGAAGCCAAAUCGUUCAAUGAACAGGACUUCCGGGAGCACCCACUGGGCAAAUCAUUAACUAAUGUUCCCUUGAAACGAUUGAUCAAAUACGAAAAAGGUUCAAAGGAAAUAGCAGAAUCCAUGAUGAACCCGACCAAACAGACCAACACGUUAUCAAACUUUCAAAGUGGACAUAGAAAAUCUUUUGGACGAAGCGAAAGAUCUGCUCAGAGUGGGACGGGCUAUCUAGGGACGAAGGAGUUUGUGUAUUUCGGAGUCCCACGUGUUGUUCUAAAGAAAUGAUGUGUGUAGUGCUUGUAACAUUCCUUCAAGGCAAGGGGGGUAAAUGACUGCAUACGACCAGUUUUCACCCUUGCCGACCGUAGUACCACCAAUGGCUGUCAAGAAAUAUGCAUCUUAUGCUUCCCUCCAAAUGACCAAUCUAAAUUCACUUCUUACGUCAUAAGAACGUGCUUGAAAAAUGCAGUGGGAGCUGAGUCAAGGCGAUAUAAUUGACAAUCAAGAUCUCCACUGCAAUAAAACGGGUCUUACAUCGCGGAGUGCAUCCUUUCACUUCAACAUCUGAGAGUUCACGUUUCAGAUCCUGCACUCGACUGAACUCCACACAGCAGAUAACAUGGAGUUUUAAUGAGACGAGUUUCGAUUUCAUUACAUGACUUUAAUUAAAAUAUACAUAGACACUUUAAUCUAGCUGUAAUAAUAAUUUCAGCCUGGUUCGGCAAGGAUGGAAAAUGGAUUUUAUAGUCCGUUUCACUACUUUGCCUAUGAAGAUGCGUUUUUAAAUAUUUGUAGGUAUUUAUUUAACCACCCAUCGUCUAUGGACCUGUGGAUGCUUUAAGACCAAAACAGAAAUCACCAGUUUCCAUACACGUUUUUAUCCUGUGUGACCAUCUUAACAGUCACUAUAUCAUUGUCUGCAUCAUUGGUAGCAAUAUACUCAAAUACGACGUAACUCGCUUCUUUAUAUUAUUUAUCAGACUGCCUAUUUCAGAAGCAAUGAACUCGUAAAGGAAUGUAAAGUGUGAAAGUGUUUCAUUUGUUGGCGAUUAAGGUUUUCAGUAUCAUUUAAUAUAUGAUAAAUAAAUUCUAACAAAUAUUAACUUUCAUAAUCAAUAGCCCUUACAAUAUGUGUGCUCUUUAAUACAGUUUUCGUGAAACAUUUGCUUAUGAAAUUCACCAUGUAAGAUGUAAAUAUAAGCAGUUUGAAUGCGAAAGGUAUUUUCAUGCGUGGCUUACCUUUCUACCUAAUCGCAUUAAAACGGUAUCAGUUGUGGUC